UCCGAGCAAGCGCAGUUUGCCUCAACGAUGAGCGUCGCCGGUCAGUCAGCACCCUCUGGUGAGAAGGGCAUACCGCAUCCACAGUCGCGAGACCAUGGAUUAGAAGACCAAGUAUGGGUCAGUGGAGGGGAUGAAUACAAAGCAUUCGAAGCUUUCGAGAAACAACUGAAGACUCUUGAUGAACAGCUACGUGAUCUCUCAAACAAAGCGCGAAAACUCGGGAGCUCUGUAGGUAUUCUAUCUGCCUCCAGCCGCUUGCGUGAGCGACUCGGCCGAGUGCUUUAUCUCUUCCGCAAGAACGCCGCUGGUCUGUUCCCGCAGAAGAUACCACAGCUCGAGAAGUUCCAGCCGUCGAUGUUCCGACGUCUAGUCUCAAAGCGUCACGGGAUGUUUGACCACUUGGUCUCUCAGAGCACUGAGCUCGAGCCCAAACAUAUUGCACUGGAGCUGCAACUGUUUGCCAGAGACGUCCACACUCUGCUGGAGUGCUUCAAUCAAUUCCCGGAGUUCAUUGACGAAAUACCUGACCAGGCGUUUGGCGACGAGCUAUCACACUGGGCCGCAUCACUUGAAGACUUCGGAGAUGACUUCGAGAGCCAUGCCGUUCAACGGUAUCUCUUCUACUCCAUGAUAGACAUCGGAGACCGCCUUCAGCUGCUUGCCGAUAAAUUUAUACCCGUCUUCCUGAAGACAGGGAUCCCUACCGUCAAGGCCUCCCAGGAGCAUUCCGCCGUCAACUUGGUGAACCUAUCGACAAUUGCCACUCUCUUCGCCGGCGUAGCUGCCACAAUGAUCCAGCUGACAUACAGUGUCACGCCGAGGAACAGCUUGCUUGAUUGCGUCAAUGUCCUUUGGUUCAUCUCUCUUAUUUUCAGCAUCAGCGCCGCAGUGAACAGCUUGUUGGGUCUCACUUGGUCAGAGGCUAUAUACCGUUCGCCAGAUCACCGAGUCCCGUGGUGGAUUCGCAUCUGGAUCAAGCACUCCCCAAUUGUAUAUCUGGUCCUCUCGGUAAUCUGCUUCUUCCUCGGCUUCGUUCUCUUUUCUUUCUCUUCAGAUCAGGCAAACAUCACUCGCGUCUUGUCGACAGUCUUUUCUUCUGUUUCAUGCUGUGGCCUGUUGUUGAUGUCUGCUUGGUUUGCCUGCGAGCGGUGGAUAUACCAUCGUUACGAGGGAUACAUGUGGCUUUCGGAUGCUCUGGGGUACACGAUGGAACCGGUCAAGCAUUUCUUCCUGUCAGCGGCGCGAUCGCUGCACCCUCAAAAUGUCUUCGAGCAAGGUCGCCAGCUGAUUGGCGGAGGGCAGGAUACCGCGGAUGGAGAUCCAGAGAAGCCCGCUGUGCAAGAAAAUCGUAUUGGACGUCGUGCACCCCAACGCGGCCUUCGUGACACCCCUAACGCCCCGCAGAAAGUCUCCUUCUGGCUGGCAUUUGACAAGAGCUCGAUGACCGAGAGGGAGAAAGCAAGUCACCGGUGGCAAGAGGCUAUCCGACGCACGAUUGAGGCUCGCCGCGAGCGACUGGCACGACAGCUCGACGUCAAGGGUCUGUUCCGCGAAGCCGGUGACCCUUUGAGGAGCGGCAUGUCCCCUCAGCUUAGGGCUGCUAGUGUCAUUGCCCACCUUUCGAGGAUGACGAUUACCCAGAAGCUCGAGACCGACCACGCGCAUGAUGCCUUGGUGCGCUUUUUGCAGUUUUCUCGCGACGGGAGAUACCUAGCGACGUCGAGCUGGGACAAGAAGUCGUUCAUCCUGGACGUAACAUUCGGCAAGUUAUCCCACGAAAAAAGUCUCGAGCACUCCUCUGGAUACGGCUUCGUUCACCAGAUUGAAUGUACAUUUGCUGUCAAUGCUACACAGAACGGCGAACGCCUGUGGAGCCACCAGCGGUCUGAUGAAGACCACCCGAUCCGGUCCGUGGCAUGGAAGGGACAUGGCCAAGAAUCCUUGUCCGUAGAAGGACACAGGGUCGUCAACAUUGACGAAACGGGAAAGGAGACUCAACAUCAUCGCGUAGACAACUUAAUUGUCCGGGAUGUCACUGUCACGAGCGACUCAAGAUAUAUGCUCUGUAUUGGCAAGCAUGAUCACGAGCAACAUGCACAAGAUAAGCCGGCGAAAGCCAGUCGAAAGAAGCAUGAGAUAGUCUGUGAGCAUCAAUCUUCUGUUUCCUCGCGUCAGGUCCACAGCUGCGUCAUAGUGUACGAUCUAGUCAAUUUCAAGGUCAUAAAGAGGGCUCCGGUAUUUUAUGAGAUGUGUGACAUCGCCCUUGCAAGUGACGACUGUUUCGUCUUGGUCAGCUACGAGAACAGAGCGCCGCCGCAGCUAUGGGAGUUCCGCAACGCGCAAGGCAAAGCGAACAACGUUGUGCUCAGGCACACUUAUAUGCCCAAGACAACUACUGCCUUUGCCGGUCUUCCGGCCAUCUUUGGUGGCACAAACGAUAACCUUAUCCUGCGCGCCGGCACAGCCAGCGACAUCUACGUCUGGGACCGGGAUACGACGUCGCAGCUGCACCGAAUCCAGGCGCCUGUAGCGUUGAAGCAUUUGACUGCCAUAGCGUGGAACCGCGGAGCCAACGAGUGGAUGUUCGCGACGGGCACGCACGAGGGCGAGGUUCACGUCUGGACCGUCGGCCCAGCCCCAGAGGAGGCUCCGCAGCGACAUAAAUCGGCGUCUGCAUGGAGCAGCGGCUCCGGCUCCGUCUUCGCGGAUGUACCAUCGUCGCUGGACGGCGCCCGGCACGCCUCCUCUGGCGUUUAUGGAGAAUACACCCAGAGUCCUGUCGCGGAGGCGCGAUACCCGCCGCUCGCGCGCCAGGGCACUGAUUCGUCGAGCACGGCGUACACCGAUGACGGAACUGUGCGCGACGAGGACACUUCUGGCGACGAUGAUGAUGACUGAGACUUCGGAAUGAUCAGACGCGGGCCUGGGCACCUGUACUCACAUCUGAGCAAAUGUUCGUUACGCCACAGCCUUUCCUAUGCAUCAUGUUUCGG